UCCAUUUCCUUUCUUCAACAGAAAAACCCUUCUCUCUCUACAUACAUAUCUAUAUUUCCAGCCACAGAGAAGAUUCAUCAGAAAACUCUUCAUUCAAUCUUUCUGAAUUAUCGUUUCAAAUCAGUCCAUAAGUCUAUUACUGAACCAUGUACCAAAACGAUUACCAGAAAUUCUCGGCUUCGCCUCCGCCCUCAGCGCCUCCUUAUACCUCCAUUCAACCAGAGGUGGCCACUGGUAUUCCGAUUAUCUCCACCGGCAAUCUUCAACCUGGAACUGAGGUCCCUUGGUCCACCUGCCUUUGUGGUUGCUGCUCCGACGUCUCAAACUGUUGUAUUACGUGCUGGUGCCCGUGCAUUACUUUUGGGCGGAUCGCUGAGAUUGUUGAUAAAGGAGCAGUGAGUUGUUGUGCAAGCUGCGCCGUUUACGCAGCACUUGCAUGUUGUGCCUGUCUCUUCUCCUGCUCCUACCGCGCCAAAUUGAGGAAGCAGUUCAUGUUGAAAGGGUGCCCAUGUGGAGACUGCCUUGUUCAUUGCUGUUGCGAGACAUGUUCUUUGUGUCAGGAGUACCGCGAGCUCACUCACCGUGGUUUCGACAUGUCCCUCGGAUGGGAAGGAAAUAUGGCGAGACAGAAUAUUGGAGUGGCGAUGGCUCCCGUGGUGGAAGGAGGCAUGCGGCGCUAGUCUAGCGUUUUUGGACCAGACGGUAUUAUGGUAGGUUGUGCUAAAAUGAUUUCACUACCGAAUCAAUAUUACCAAUCAAUUUCCAUCAAUUUCUUUUUAAUCGCGUUAUAAAUGCUUGUAAAGGUGAAUGUUAAUCACCAUUGUAUUAAUUUACAGUUAUGAAAAUUCCUCUUAAUCAUGCUGACUA